AUGAAGCAAGUUGGAGAGGUAGAGUUUGGAAAGAAAAGAACACUUGGGACUCCAGAAGAAGACCAAAAGCUAAUCGCUUACAUCAGGAGAUAUGGCAUCUGGAACUGGACUCAGAUGGCUAAACCUGCCGGUUUAGCAAGAACGGGGAAAAGUUGCCGACUUCGUUCGAUGAACCACUUGAGGCCCAACAUCAGGCGUGGGAACACCACGAAAGAAGAGGAAAUCAUCAUCAGGUUACACCGAGUCCUGGGAAAUCGAUGGGCGGCGAUAGCAGCUAGACCUCAUGGAAGAACGUACAAUGAAAUCAAGAACUAUUGGAACACCCGGUUGAAAAAACACUUCCUCAAGAGUCAAUCAUGAUGACACCUGAGAUCAUAGUUGAUUCCCUUAAGGACUAUUCACCCCACCAUGAUCUAGCCAUUAUUUGAAGUAUUGAUGCCAAAACGGCAACAAACCAUCGACAUUCUUAUCAAACACAUGAUGCAGAUAACUCUUAGGCUUCCUUUGCAGUUGAUGAUGACAAAAAAAUUGACCAAAGUGAAGGGCAAGAACGUGUAUCCAAGCAGUUUCUUCCUCUGAAAGAUCUAGACAUUGUAGAGAGAUU